GGCAAUGUCACACAGCAGUGAAUGGUGGUGGAAUGACUCGGAGCGAUCUGCCAAUGCGAUACCGAACUCUAGCCUGGGUCCAGCUGAGGAGGAUGGGGCGCGCAACUACUACGCCAUGCUCUAUUCGCUACUUAUAUUGGCGAUUGUAUUCGGGAAUGUGCUAGUGUGUUUGGCAGUGGUCCGAGAGAAGUCGCUUCAAACCACGACCAAUUAUCUUGUGGUUAGUCUGGCUGUGGCUGAUCUGCUGGUGGCUUCACUCGUCAUGCCUUGGGCUGUCUAUUUAGAGGUGGUUGGUGGCUCCUGGCUCUUUAGCCGUUUGUAUUGCAAUAUUUUUGUGACGUUGGAUGUGAUGAUGUGUACAGCCAGCAUCCUCAACCUGUGUGCCAUCAGCAUCGACAGGUACACAGCCGUGGUGAUGCCUGUACUGUACAACACAACUGACAGUUCACGUAAAAGGGUGUCAGUCAUGAUAGCCACAGUGUGGAUCCUGGCUUUCGCUGUCUCCUGCCCUUUACUGUUUGGCUUCAACACUACAGAUGAUCCACUGGUGUGCUCCAUAUCGAACCCUGAUUUUGUCAUCUACUCAUCUGUAGUGUCAUUCUACCUUCCCUUCGUGGUGACUUUGCUGGUUUACGUGCGCAUCUACAUCUUCCUCAGGAAGAGGAGGAAGAGGAUAACGUUCCGGCAAGCCAGCAGUGAAGCUCCGCCAGGAUUCACACUGCCAACUGCAGAGACCUGUUUGCAAGAGGAUGCUCGGAAAGACAGACGUGACCUGUCUCCCAUCCGGAUCAACGUGGUAAAUGAGAGCACAGAGAAGGUGGUUCGUCCCCGGCUGCUCCCAGGCUGCCUGUGGCGUAAACGACCCAAAACCGUCCCCGUUGAUAACUCCCUCCUUCCCCCGGUGGAAACGCCGAACUACUGCAGCAUUAGCCAGGCUUCCUUUGCGCGUACUGAACACGAGCCCAACCGCGAGGAAGAGGCUGGGCAAGAAGAAGAGCAGGCAACUGUGAGGAGUAGCGAGGUGAAGGAGAUGACUAAUGGACGUGCUCGCACUUCAGUUCGGCCUGCUCGAGUUUCGCGGUGCAACAACCAGACCCGCUACAGGAACCGACAGUCCAGAGAGAAGAAAGCCACACAGAUGUUGGCUAUUGUACUGGGGGUCUUUCUCAUCUGCUGGUUGCCCUUCUUUGUGACUCACAUCUUGAACACUCACUGCAGGAAGUGUCACGUGCCACCUGAGCUGUACAGCGCCUUUACCUGGCUCGGCUAUGUCAACAGCGCACUCAAUCCGGUCAUUUACACCACUUUUAACAUUGAGUUUCGGCGAGCCUUCAUCAAAAUCCUGACCUGCUGAUCUGCUGUAAACUGUGUGCCAAAAUGUUAAAGACCUUUGAAAGCUGAUCAUAAUCUGGUCAUGUUCUAAAUCACUUCAUGCUUCCAACAAAGAACCCCAGUGAACCGGAUAUUUAAGAGGCCACUGGAUGCAGUAAUUAAAUAAGGGAAUAACGUCCCUACCUUCUUUAGUCUUGGACGUUUGAACUGAGAUCUAUCGAGAGAAAAUUGCUUUGGAUCAUGUUAACGAGACUCAAGGAUGCAGUUGGCAUCCGUUGGACUAAAAGCUUGUGGAUUACCAUACUACUUGAGGACCUAAUGUGCAUAAUAUGACUUAAAAGUUGUUUCGCAUAUCAGGAGAUCUCAAGGGCUCAAUCAACAUGUGAGCCUGUACAAAUCAUGGACGUAACCAGACGAUGUUCUGUUCCUUACAUGUUCAAAGAAGCCUGAGUUUCUGGUCUGGUGCUUCAUCUGUAUUUGCAUGUGUCUCUAAGAAGAGUCUGUCUCUGUCCUUUUGGAUGGAACUAUUGAUGAAGUAUUGUUAAGUAUUGUUAAGUACAUAUCUGGUACUACCUUCUUUAAAUGGGAUGCUUUGAGCCCUUAAUGGCACCUAAGACUUAUGAAAACCAUGCU